CGGUGAUUGAGGCAAGAGCAGCGUUAGGAAUGGGGAUAGACCCUCUUGUGUCGACAGAGGACGGAUUAUCCACCAAUUCUGAAAUACUCUCUUCCAUAAUGGUAGGAACUGAGCGAAGCUCUUGGGUGCCAUUGCCUAAUCCAAGCCCCCUUAUUUGCUCGGCCAUAAUUUCAGAUGGAUAUCCGUCGUUGAUCAGAGACCCAUCAAAAUCUUUGUUAUCUCUUGUUGACUUUUCUGGCCAUGAGCAAUUUUGCAAUUGGUGCUGCGAUAGGUUAAUUUCGGCAGAGUCGUUGUACAUCGCUGCGCUCCUGUUGAUGGCCAUCGAUUCGCUACUGAAAACCUUCCGCAGUUGAGAAUGUGGAGUUGUUAAGUCAUUUGAACUUUUUGACCGUUGAGCCUGGGUUGUGUCUUGGGCACAGCCAUCACGGCUCGUCGUAUCCAGGCCCGGAGCCGAUGACGGUGAUCCGAAGUUAUUCGUUAUGUCCAUGAUAACAGGCUGCAAGAAACCAAACAGAGUCGUUUCGGUGUGAAAAACAUAGCUGAAUGAGAACAAAAGGCCUUGAAAGGAGGGCGCCCUAUCUUAAGCCCCUGAAUGCCAUAGCGAUUAUGUCGGUUGGCUGCCAAGCCUGCUGUCUAGUCCACCCUACCUCCAGAACGCCUCGUUCUGAAAAUAGAU